AAAAUGAAAAAAUUGAAGAAGUAGUUAUUGCGGUCAAAAAAGUUUUAACCGAGGAUGAAUAUAAGGAAAAAGUUAAAGGUAUGCAGGGAAACAUUGAUUAUCCCUAUGUCUCUUAUGCUGUGGACCGGAAAGUGAAAAAAGAAAUUUUUGCUUCUGAACAGCCAGGAUACAGAGCAGCGACAGGAAAAUUAAUUUUUCCAGAUAUCUGUAAGAAAUUAAAAGAAAAUGGCGAAAUAGACUUAGUGGAAAAUAUUUCGUUAAGUGAACUAGUAAAAACAAUAGGGCUAGAAAAGCUUAAUUCUGAAUACGGAGAAAAAUAUAAUUUUGUGAUUGUUAAAAAAGGAGAAAAUAAUUAUACUAUUUGGGAUACCUCUAAGUAUGAUGCUGGUUUCGGAGUUAAGAAAAGCAACGACAAAUCGGAAAAGAUAAAAAAUAUUGAACUGCUUCGUAAAAAGAAAAUGGAUGGUGAAUUAGCCAAGUUAAUUGGACCUCCUUUGAUUUACACUGGGACAACAGGAGACAAUGUUAACAUGGCGGCAAAAUCAAAAUCAACAACACCAUUAAUUCCUUGGGAACAAAAACAAAGUCAAUUAACAAA